CACCACAGACAUAGAAGGGAACACGGAAAUAACAGGAGCAGUGAGAAGAGGUGUAGAGGAGAGACAGCACAGAACCGCUUCAGAACUACAGCACAAAUUACCAUAUUUUCGUCCAAGAUUUUAUUUCUGAAAAAAAAAAAAAAUAAUAUUAUUGUUAUUUAAAAUAAAUAAAUAAAUAAAAUAUCAUUCCGGAUUCAGAAUGUCGGGAAGCCGGGAGGACGAGCGGCGAAAACUCGCAGACAUCAUUAACCACUGGAAUGCUAACCGGCUUGACCUGUUCGAGAUCAGUCAGCCCACCGAGGACCUGGAGUUCCAUGGGGUGAUGCGGUUUUACUUUCAAGAUCGAGUUGCAGGAAACUUUGCCACUAAAUGUAUCCGGGUGUCGAGCACAGCCACCACGCAGGACGUGAUUGAGACGCUGGCUGAGAAGUUCCGCCCUGACAUGAGGAUGCUCUCGUCUCCCAAAUACUCCCUUUAUGAAGUGCACGUCAGCGGGGAAGAACGCAGACUGGAUCUGGAUGAGAAACCUCUGGUGGUGCAGCUGAACUGGAACAAAGAUGACAGGGAAGGCAGAUUUGUACUGAAGAACGAGAACGACGUACUCCCUAAGAAAGUGCAGAGCAACGGGCCUGAAAAGCAGGAGAAGGAAGGAGUGAUUCAGAAUUUCAAGCGCACGCUCUCCAAGAAGGAUAGGAAGAAAGAGAAGAAGAGGGACAAAGAGGGCUUUCCAAGGUUGCAGGACGGGGACGAGCAUUCUCUGCACAAGGAGGAUGGUGAGAAUUCCCGAUUGGCUGCUGAGGUUUACAAGGACAUGCCAGAAACCAGCUUCACGAGAACGAUAUCCAACCCUGAUGUGGUCAUUAAGCGCCGGCGGCAACAAAAACUGGAGCAGAGGAUGCAGGAGUUCGGCCGACCUGAUUCGGGGGGGACAUUGAAGAUAUAUGCAGACAGUUUGAAACCAAAUAUACCGUACAAGACAAUCCUUCUGUCCGCCACAGACACAGCAGACUUUGCCGUCGCUGAGGCGCUGAAGAAGUAUGGCCUGGAAAAGGAAAACCCCAGUAACUACUGUAUCGCUCGGGUCUUGCCACCUCCUGGAUCUCAGCACUCCGAUGACAAUAGGGCUUGGGAGACUAUCCUUGAAGAUGCUGAGUGUCCCCUUCAGAUCUUCAGAGAGUGGCCGGGCGACAAAGAAACAUUAGUUUUCCAGCUCAAGAAACGACCACUAGACUAUGUCUCAAAGAAAGCUCGGAAGCCUGACGAGAAAGUGCCGAGGGGGAAAUCUGUCGACGGGUCUCUCCUUGGCUUUUUACCUCCUGAGAAGCUGCCCUACCUGGUAGAGCUGAGCCCAGAUGGCUCAGACUCCAGGGAUAAACCAAAGCUCUAUCGGUUACAGAUGCGUGUCACAGAGGUUGGCUCAGAUAAAACGGAGGAAAACUCGAUCCAGCUGUUUGGCCCAGGAAUCCAGCCCCACCACUGUGACCUCACUCACAUGGACGAUAUGGUAACUGUGACACCGCAAAGUUUUGAUGCUGAGACCUAUGUUGACGGUCAGCGAAUUGCUGAGACCACCUUGCUGAGAAGUGGCAUGAAGGUCCAGUUCGGGUCUUAUGUUUUCAAGUUUGUGGAUCCCAGCAAUGACCAUGGGAUGAUCAAAAAGAGCAUGGACACUGGCCCUAUGGUCAAAGGACAACGGCACAAAUCAGGGAGCGUUCCUGAAACAACAUUUGAACUGGAUGGGGAUAUCCACAGUGGGACAGCGCUGCAGACAAGCAAGAGUUCGAGCAGGCUGGAUGUUGAGAGAUCCACCCUGAGCGAGCACAGCAUGGUGAAGCCCGUGGUGCGAGAGCAGCAGCAGGACUACCGCAAGCAGGAGUCCAGAUCUCAGGAUGGACAAAGACCAGAGCUGGUGCUGCCAGCCAGCAUAGAGUUCCGGGAAAGCUCCGAAGAUGCAUUCCUGUCCGCUAUUAUCAACUACACCAACAGCUCUACAGUGUACUUCAAGCUGUCCCCCACCUACGUCCUGUAUAUGACCUGUCGCUACGUGCUGUCCAGCCAGUACCGGCCCGAGAUGAGUCCCUCCGAGCGCACGCAUAAAGUGAUAGCCAUAGUCAACAAGAUGGUGAGCACGAUGGAGGGAGUCAUUCAGGAGAUACCCGAGGGGGAUCAGAAACAGAAGAAUAUUGCAGGAGCUCUUGCCUUCUGGAUGGCAAACGCUUCAGAGCUGCUCAACUUCAUUAAGCAGGAUAAAGACCUCAGCCGAGUCACAUUGGAUGCUCAGGACGUCUUGGCUCAUUUAGUACAAAUGGCCUUCAAGUACCUGGUCCACUGUCUACAGUCUGAUCUCAACAACUACAUGCCAGCAUUCCUAGAGGACCCAGAGGAGCAGAAUCCACAACGGCCCACAAUAGAGGAUGUCCUGCACACCCUGACGGGAGCCAUGUCGCUGCUGCGCCGCUGCAGAGUGAAUGCCGCUCUCACCAUCCAGCUCUUUUCCCAGCUCUUCCACUUCAUCAACAUGUGGCUUUUCAACAGGCUGGUGACUGAGCCUGACUCGGAGCUCUGUUCCCACUACUGGGGGGCCAUCCUCCGCCAGCAGCUGGGGCAUAUCGAGGCCUGGGCUGAGAAACAGGGUUUGGAGUUGGCAGCUGACUGCCACCUGAGCAGAAUAGUUCAGGCCACAACACUUCUGACCAUGGACAAAUAUUCCAUGCAGGACGUUCCUAACAUUAACAAUACCUGCUUCAAGUUGAACUCUCUACAGCUGCAGGCUCUGCUGCAGAAUUACCACUGUGCCCCAGAUGAGCCAAACAUUCCUCCUGACCUGAUGGAGAAAGUGGUGGCAGUGGCUGAGAACACGGCAGACGAGCUUGCCCGCAGUGAUAGCCGUGAGGUCCAACUGGAGGAGGACCCAGACCUGCAGCUGCCGUUCCUCUUGCCUGAAGAUGGCUACUCAUGUGAUGUCGUCCGCAACAUUCCCAACGGCUUCCAGGAGUUCUUGGAGCCCCUGUGUCAGAGAGGCUACUGCAGGCUGACACCUCAUCCUCGCUCUCCAGGCACCUGGACCAUAUACUUUGAAGGGGCAGACUACGAACAUCACUUUUCCACUGACAGCACUGAGUUGCCCAUGCCGAAGGAUCCAGAAAUUGUCACUGUGACUCUUAAGAAGCACAAUGGAAUGGGUCUCAGUAUUGUGGCUGCAAAGGGUGCUGGGCAGGAGAAGCUGGGAAUCUAUGUCAAAUCUGUGGUAAAAGGAGGAGCUGCCGAUACAGAUGGCCGGCUUGCAGCAGGAGAUCAGUUGCUCAGUGUAGAUGGACGCAACUUAGUGGGCCUGUCCCAAGAAAAGGCUGCAGAAUUGAUGACACGGACAGGAUCGGUAGUAACACUAGAAGUAGCAAAACAGGGAGCAAUUUACCACGGAUUGGCCACGCUACUUAACCAACCGUCCCCUAUGAUGCAGAGAGCUUCAGACCGUGGCCGUGGCUCAGGUAAACCCAGACCAAAGAGUGAAGGCUUUGAGCUCUACAAUAAUUCCGCACAGAACGGCUCCCCUGAGAGUUCACAGAUGCCGUGGGGGGAGUACCCUGAACCAAACAAAACAUCAGGAGAGGAGAGACUACUUAAGAACAGGGCCGACCACCGCUCUAGUCCCAAUGUUGCCAACCAAGCUCACAGUCCAGGAGGAAAGCCUGUUAAUUCAGGUGGCCCAACAUCAAAAAUCACAUCUGUCUCAACUGGAAACCUUUACAGUGAUGAACAGGAGCCCCCACCACGACCCGAAGCAUAUCCAAUCCCUACCCAGACCUCCACAAGGGAGUACUUUACUUUCCCUGCUUCGAAGUCUCAGGACAGGAUGGGGCCUGGCCCCGGGCAGCAGUGGCAGAACUAUGAGGACAGGCUCCCAGGCCAGCCUGAUAAUCACCACUCUGGCAAUAGGUCCAUUCAGCGGGUAACUCGCUCCCAGGAGGAGCUCUGUGACGACCGAGUGGCUUACCAGCCAGAGAGGAUGCGGCAGGAAGAGAUUUUUCAGAUGCAGCAGCGGGAGAUGGAGUAUCUGCGGGGCAAUGGUGAGCACUGGAACCAUCAGGUCUCCUCCUCUGUGGAGUCCAGCACAUCCAGCCAGGAGCACCUAAACUACUCCACUUCCUCCUCCAAGGUCUACAACCACAAGAGUGGUCCGGGCCGAUGGAAGACACCAGGGCCACCUAAUUCCACCGCUGUGGCUGCCUCCCAGCCUGUCCUCUCAGACCUUCCGCCCCCACCCCCUCCCCCUCCUCCAGUACACUACACAGAUGACUUUGAGUCCCAGGCAGACCUGCCUCUCCCUCCUCCACCCCCUGCUGGCAGGCAGCAGCAGGCUGCAGCUGCCGCAGCAGCUGACCGCAAGAAGCGUGACGAGCAACAGCGCUGGUACGAGAAGGAGAAGGCACGGUUAGAGGAAGAGAGGGACAGGAAACGGAGGGAGCAGGACAAGAAGCUGGGCCAGGUCCACAUCCCUCCUGGACCAGGAGUCCCUCCCCAUCCCAACCACCACCAGCAGCAGCAUCAGCCUCCAUUGUCGCCAAUGCUAAUCCAGCACCAACAGGCACCACCACCUAUGCCUCUACAGCAGCAGCAGUAUCAUCCCCCUCCCAUGAUGCCCCAGCAGCCUCCCUGGAUUGAGAAGCCUUCCAGCCUGCCCCGUGCACCCCCUUCCCGCCAGGACACCGUAAUCCGGGAGCUACUCCCCCAGCAGCAGCCACGCACCAUCGAGCGCCGGGAUCUGCAGUACAUCGUCAGCAAGGAGGACCUCACCUCUGGGGACAGUCUGUCCCCUGACCCCUGGAAGCGGGAUGCCCGGGAGAAGAUGGAGAAGCAGCAGCAGCUGCACAUCGUGGACAUGCUGAACAAGGAGAUCCAGGAGAUCCAGGCUAAGCCGGAGCGCACUGCCGAGGAGAACGACCGGCUGCGUAAACUGAUGCUGGAGUGGCAGUUUCAAAAGCGGCUGCAGGAGUCCAAGGAGAACGAAGAGGACGAGGAGGAUGAUGAGGACGUGGACACCAUGCUGAUCAUGCAGCGCCUGGAGGCUGAGAAGAGAGCCCGGUUGCAGGAUGAGGAACGCAGACGCAAACAGCAGCUGGAAGAGAUCCGCAAGCGAGAGGCAGAAGAAUGGGCGAAACAAGAGGAAGAGCGCCGCAGGAGAGAAGAGGAGAGGAACCGGCGAGAGGCCGAGGAGAAGAGGAGACAGGAAGAGGAGUACUACAACCGCUUGGAAGCAGAGAGGCGCCGACAGCACGAUGAGGCUCAACGGAAGCUGCUAACACCUGACGAGCCUGGUCUGUACAGACCUCCCCUCCCCCGGGACUACGAGCUACCCCCUCCCCCUCCCUCCUCAGCUAACACACCUCCACCCCCGCCUCAGAGAAACACCUCUUACCUCAAAACGCAGGUCUUCUCCCCUGACACAGUGUACACUGCCAAGUUCGUUUCAUACAAUGAUGAGGAGGAGGACUCGAGCCUAGCAGGUCAGGUUAAGUUUUCCGCCACCAGGAAAUCCUAUGGCGACCUUCCUCCUGCUCCCAAGCCGCAGCCUCACCAGCCAUCUGUCCGCCCGCCCCGCCCGGUCUCUGAUGGGAUAUUUCUUUCCAACUCAUUCCAGCAGCCACCAGCCAAUGCCAACAGUACUGCUUUUAAGGCAGGGCCCCCUCCCCCUCCCAGCAAGCCCAGCUUCAACCCACCCGGCAACUCCAAAGGAUAUCAUUCGUACACUGGAACUACAACAGGGGUUGUAGGAUUAAAUGAAGUUUACAGGGACUCGCGGGAUAGAUGGGUCAAAAGUGGUCAAGGUCAAGAUGGUUCUUUGACUGGUGAAGCUCCAGAGAGUAUGACUUUCAAAGAACGCCAGCGAUUGUUUUCACAUGGACAAGAUGUGUCAAAUAAAGUCAAGGCAUCAAGAAAACUGAUGGAGUUGGAGAACGAACUCAACAUAAAAUAAAACUGGAGCCUUAGCAGGAUUGAGCGCAAUGCCUCCGAAUUGAAGAGGAGAGCAUCCGUGCUCCUUUUGUGUAGUGAAUUUGAUUUCCCUAAUAAUUGGACUGUUAAAUAUGAGUUAGGUAUAUUGCAAUAGCAAGAGAGACAAUUUUGCUUACUUUCAGUGAGAACUGUUAAAGAUAUAUUAUAAUAAAGCACUGUAAAGUAUGUUUUAAUUAUAAAAAGAAAAAUGAAUCACAUGAAGGGUG